CAAUUGCCAAAUUAGAAUAUCAUUUUUUCUUGUUUAUGCGUUUAUCUUUGAUUGUGGUUGCUUUGUAUGACAUUGUUAGAACACCUACAAUCUAUUCAGGGUCUACGUGACUAUAGAAUGCCUCAAGGGCAGUAGAAAUUAGAUAGAUAUAGUUAUCACCUCAAAUCCUUAGUGAUGACGGAGCUGCAUUUCAAAUAUCAUGGAAAUCUCACGGGGCGGGCCCAUUUUCCUACCCUGGCAACAGAGGUUGAUACCACUUCAGAUAAGUAUUCGAACCUGUACAUGUAUGUGGGCUUAUUCCUGAGCCUUCUGGCCAUUCUCCUCAUCCUGCUCUUCACAAUGCUCCUUAGGCUCAAGCAUGUCAUUUCACCCAUAACCUCCGAGAGCACAGAAACUGUUCCUCAAUUCACAGAUGUAGAGAUGCAGAGUCGAAUACCCACUCCAUAACAAAGGAUGAAGGUGAACUUUAAUGGAUAUCAUCAAAUCAUUAUAUGUUGAUGUUCAACAAAGCUUACUUUGUUGCAUGGAGUUUUCCAUGUAAGGAAUGAACGAGCUCAUAUUUUCUUUGUAUUAUUCUUUAUUGGAGUUUGUGGAUUAUACAAGAAAUUUAAGACUCAUUCUUUGUCAGGUCUAUAGGAAAUAGCAGCUGGUUGGGAGGGCAGGUUUCCAUAGUAACUAAAGAGAGCCUGGGCUUUGCGCAAACCUCAGACCACAGAAAUUCAUAUGCAGUGGAGAAAGAAAAAGAAAGAAAGAAAGAAAGAAAGAAAGAAAGAAAGAAAGAAAGAAAGAAAGAAAGAAAGAAAGAAAGAAAGAAAGAAAGAAAGAAAGAAAGAAAGAAAGAAAGAAAGAAAGAGAGAGAGAGAGAGAUAGUGAGCAAGAGAGAGAGAAAAAGAAAAGCAAAACAAAUAUCCACAGGAUCCCUGAUCCUCAAGAAUAAAAAAGGAGAAUUUGCCUUCAAAAGGGUUUCUCCAAAGUAGGAUUUAAUUUAGAAAUUGGACCUUAAAGUAUCUCUUUUGCUGACAUGAAACUAGAUCAUGUCAGAAGUUAAUGGAAGGGGCCAUUAAUCUUUCCCAAAGGAGCAGAAAUUUAAUCAUCUAAGGCCAUUCAGUAUGUCCUAAAUGAAAGAAGAGAUUUAAAGAAACAGUUUUAAUUUAAAGCCCACAUU